CAGAGUUGGGACCUAUAAAAGCAAGAAGUCAUCCGCUCUACCAAUUACGAUUACUACAACAUUGUUCAAAGUUGACUUAAUUCAGCAUGGCGCCUACAGACUCGAAGCGUGAAAAGGCUAGAGAGGUGGUGGAUAUCCUGGAAGAAAUCGCGGCGCUGUUGAACACACAACUAGACCGAACUCAAUUGUCUCUGUGUGUGUCGCUUAUUGAGAAUGGCGUCAAUCCAGAAGCUCUAGCUACCGCUAUCAAAGAACUGAGACGAGAGACCCGAGACCUCCAACAAGACACAAGUACAUCGGAGUGAUUUUGAAACCCUUUCGAAGAAAAUCACAUGCGGAAGGACGGCUGCACAUAUUGACCAAGGAGACCACGAGACACUGGAUGCCACUGAAUUCGUUCAGCAGCGCCACCUCUUGUGCAUCUGCUAUAUCAGAGGGAUCAAAUUGUCAGGAUGGUCAUUGUCGAGGUACCGAAGCCUCUUGAAUUAUGGAGCCGGGCUCCUUGACAAUGCCUUCCUUACUGUCCUUGAAUCGAAACGCGAGCCAGGGAGCGGUUUUCCGUUGGUCCAGCCUCAAGUUCCUCGGCUCUUCAUCCGUUUGCAACUAUCAACUUCCAGGGGAAUUGGACCUAGAAUGAAUUGAUCACCGACAAAGCUCCAUAGCGCACAAGGGUCUACAGAGUGGAAUCAACUCUGAGAGGAUUACAGAAGGAUUUCCUGGGUGCGUGGUGACAGCGUUUGUCACCAGGUCUCAUGCAACAUACUGGACCAAGGUACAAAGAACGCCACGUGAGCACUUCGGUAGAAUGUCUCUCUGCAUGCAAGGUGGAAUGGAGGACCAGUGUUUGAUGUGUCUCAAACGGGCAUUCAGAAGCAGGUGACCCGGUGACGCGUAAACCACGAUCUUUAGGUUUUUGGGCAGCGGCUCCCAUGCGAGAAGCCAUCAGCCGCGUUUAGUUGAUCGUCAGAUGGGUCCGCAUUCUCUUCCUUCCGCAGCCCAUAUCGCAUGACUUCCUAGAGCCUAGAACCAGCAGACAUUGGUGAAUUAGAACCGGAUGUUGGUUGUUUG